AUGGAAAACGAUACUUCCACGAACCCUGCUGGCGUUACACCACCUCGGCUGUACGGCAUUGUUGGUGCUUAUAUACAGAAGCAGUUGCCUCGAGAUAUCCACCCUGCUUAUAAAGCACUGAGAGAUCAUGGUGAAGUAGUUACUAUAUCCCCACAGCUACGUUCAACCGAAGAGACGACGUUGCCUUCGCUGGCCGAGCAGGAUCAGGGAAUCAGAAUCGACCAAGUCAGUGGAAACAAGGACGACGUCAAUGAUGAAGAUGGUCUUCCACUCGAAGAAUUGUACAAAGACGCUGCGAGUGAAAAACGACUCUUCAAAGCGGCCAUUGAAGCGUACGAGAAAACAACCAAGGACUCAAAGUACAUGACGAACAUCAUAAGCGAUGCGACGCAUACAUGGGAGGAUGUCCUUGCGGAAGUAAACGCUGCAUCCGAGCGCUACAACGAUGUCUCUGGCUUUUGGGGAAAGAUUCGCAAAGGCCUUCGUAGCUUUGGCGCCAACAAUCAAGUGUUUGACGCAUGGACAGGCCUCCUACCAACUCAAUCACAGUACCUUUCUAUACUAUGUGGGGGUCUAAAGCUUAUAUUCAGUGCUGCGGCGCGCUUGCAGGACCUUCGUAACGGUAUCUGCGAAGCCUUAGCGGAGAUUCCAAUCUUACUCGCGAGCACACAUAGAGCACUGGGCGUCUUCAAAAAGUCCAAAAAACUUCAUCAAUGCAGCGCCGCUCUCUAUUCCGCCACGAUAAGUGCGCUACGCCACAUUGUUGACUGGUACAAGGAGAAAGCUAUAAAGAAGUUCUCCAAAAGCAUUCUCAAGCAGAGCUCCUACGAACAGCAAUCGAACGAUUUGAUUAAAGCCAUCAGAAUCCACGCUCAGAAUUUCGAUGAUUGUGCGAGACUUUGCGCAUACGAGACCAUAGUACACACGAAUCAGACAGUCGGGUCUCAUUACAAAGAUUCGCGGAAAAAUUACCUGGACAUUGCGGGACAAUUGGAUCGUUUCAAGAUUGACUCAUCUCGGCAGAAUAAUCUGCUGGGCAAUAUUGUCGUGACCGAAGCUGGGAAUACGCAGCAAAUGAUGGGAGUGAUGGCGAGCAGGUUCAACGAGGUGUCAGCAACUAUGAUGAAGGAGAUGAAAGAGACUAUUAUGAAAGAGACGCUCGUGAACUUUCUUUCCAGCAGCAAUAUGAUGGACUCCAGGACACAAGACGAGCGUCGACGUUUUCGGCAGCAGCUCCUGACUGGGCUCGAAUACGAAGAUUCCGUGCUUGAACAGGAUGUACAGGGCAAACUUCAAACUAUCUGGACAGCAUCGAGGCAAGAACAGGACCGCGUGGUGGCAAUCAUGCGCUCCCAUAAGCUACACAAGUGGAUCACAAGCACUGAUUCUUCAAUUUUGCUCAUCAACGCCAACCACAAAGGGUCAGCAAGGCAGGAAUCCACGUCCUUCAUCUGCGCAAAGCUCGUCGAUUCCAUCACGCCUUCUCCCACCAACGCGCAGCCAGAAUCUCGGAUGACCCUCCCCCUUGCCUUCUUCUGCGGCGAACACCUACGGAAAGACGACCCAAACUCUGGGCCAGACGGCAUGAUGAGGAGUCUGCUCGCACAACUCCUCCUCGCUUAUCGCGACUUUGAUCUCCGCACUGUUCAACGAAUGCAAAAUUUGAACUACGACGACGUGAACGAGCUAUGCGAUGUCUUUGACCUGCUCAUCGCGCAACUCCCGCGGUAUGUCGUGGUCUUCUGCGUUGUCGACGCUAUCAGCUUCUACGAAGACAAUCCCACAGUGUGCGAAGAGGCUACGACAGUGGUACAAGCGCUGGUGGAUGUUGUGGAGCGAACAAAGGAAGACGGGUGUGCAUUCAAGCUGCUUCUGAUGAGUCCGUGGAACAGUCGCGUAUUUUAUAAGAAGAUGCUGGAUCAAGAGGGGGAUGUGGUUUGGAUGCCGGCCAAGGUGCCAGCGCAGGGUGGUUUUACCGCGAUGAAGUGGAGUGCUAGUGUCGAUACAAAUCUGGCAGCAACAGAUUCAAGACUAGAGAGUGAAUGA